GAAGAUUGUGGAUAGAAUAGAUGACAACAAAGAUGGCUAUCUCACAACAGAGGAGCUAAAAGCCUGGAUUAAACGUGUACAGAAACGCUACAUCUACGAAAACGUGGCCAAGGUUUGGAAAGACUAUGAUCUGAACAAGGACAAUAAAAUCGCCUGGGAAGAAUACAAACAAGCCACAUAUGGUUAUUAUCUAGACAAUCCAGAAGAAUUCCAAGAUGCAACUGAGCAGCACAGUUUUAAGAAGAUGCUGCCCAGAGAUGAAAGACGAUUCAAAACUGCAGACCUGGAUGGAGACUUGGCUGCCACUCGUGAAGAAUUCACUGCUUUCCUUCACCCAGAGGAGUUUGAGCACAUGAAAAACAUCGUUGUCUUAGAAACCUUAGAAGACAUAGACAAAAAUGAGGAUGGUUUUGUGGAUCAAGACGAGUACAUUGCUGAUAUGUUUGCAAAUGAAGAGGGUGGACCAGAGCCUGACUGGGUGAUUACAGAGCGUGAACAGUUCUCAGAUUUUCGGGACCUCAACAAGGAUGGAAAGAUGGACAAAGAUGAGAUUCAGCACUGGAUUCUCCCACAAGACUAUGACCAUGCACUAGCUGAAGCCAGACACUUAGUCUAUGAAUCUGAUGUAGACAAGGAUCAAAAACUAACCAAAGAGGAGGUUCUAGACAACUGGAAUAUGUUUGUUGGAAGUCAAGCUACUAAUUAUGGAGAGGACCUCACAAGAAACCAUGAUGAACUAUGA